GCCAUGCAGCGCUGUUGAACGAGAUUUUGUUUAAUUUUUGUUUUGAUUGGUGAUUACGGGAAGGACUUAGAAUGGAUGAUCCGCUCAAGCCGAAGCCCGUGCCGCUGGCCGCCGAGACGGUGCUGUGGUUCGAGUUUCUGCUCGAUCCGCACAAGAUAACGCAGCACCUGCAACGCCCGCAUCCCGAACCCAGCGCCAUGGAGUUGAUUAUGCAGUUUAUUAGCAUGACACCAGACACGGCAAUGGCAUCAGUGGUGACGCCGGGCAGCGAUUUGCAGAGCUUAACGGUUCCCGGUUCCGGCGGUCCCAUUCCCGGCGUGGUUGGCGGAGCCAAUGCGCCCACCCGCCGCUCCGCUGCUCUGAUUGUGCCACCAAUUUCACAAUUGGCGGGAGAGAAUGGUCUGCAGCUGACGAGAAAACAGCUAGCCCUCAAGAUUCUGGAGCUUAAGGUGGCCACCUGGCUGAAGUGGGAUCUGGACGCGUUGGAGAAGAACCUGCCGGUGUUUAUGCAGUGCUUGCUGCGAGAUCUCUGCACAAUUAGCUAUGGACGUCCUCUGGGUAUUCCCCUGCCUAGUGAAUUCGACAUGAAGAUAUCUGCGGCUGGCAAUGAGAAAGCAGCGAGGUUCGCCCUGACCAUAUAUCACCGACUUUUGCUGCGAUUACAGCUCAUUAAGGAACAGGCUCUGAAAACACAACGUCCCCUAAUAUGUAGGUACCAAACUAUAGAUCAACUGCAGCAGUUCCUCGAGACACCCACACAGCCCUCCAUCGAGUAUCUGCAGCAGCUGUGCACCUCAGCGAAGCCCUUCUACGUCUUCCACUACGACAGCUUCGUAACGCUGCAGUGCGACGAUCUGGGCACUGGACAGAACUAUGAUCUAAUGCAUUUAAUUACGCCACAGGAGCUGCGGGCCCAGCUACACUAUGAGCUAGCUCAGUACUACCUGUACACCAAGCAGUAUGUCUUGGCCCGAGAAGCGGCCGCCGCCUGCAACAGCAAUUUGCAGGCCAUACCCACACAGGUCACGUCAUUCUGUCACAUACGACCGGCGGAGCUAGAGGGCUUGCUGCAAGCCUGUGGAAUCAGCGCCCAGGCUCAGACUCUCCUGGAACGGUUUCAACUCCUGCUAAACAAUUAUGCUGACAUUGUGCCCAUCCUGCGGUUAGAUAAUAAAGCCAGGGAAAUUCCACUUGUGAGUCGAAGGCAACUGGAACUGGACAUCGAGGGCACACUCUCCACGGGCUUGCUCAAGGAAACUAUCCAGCUGCAGCUGCAGGUGGCUGCGUUAAAUGUCGUGCGGAAUAUCUUCGAGUGGGGGAGCAUCUUUGGCAGCGUGGAGUAUUUUGAAAAGUAUCGGGAACUGGACUGCCUGCCUCCUCUAGUGGAAGCCCUUCAGGAAGUGCUGGGCCACUGUAGUCCCAAAGAGCAGGAGGCGCUAAAGCACUUUCUUAUCGAUUGCUUGAUGCAUCAGGGAGGACAGUCCCGACCACUGUUGCAGACAGUGCGGGGGUUUGGUCUUUUCACGGCAGAUGAGCUUAAGGAUUUGGACGAGCAGAUGCUACAAGCAGCACCACCAGUACCGACGAAUUCGCUGGCGUCGCUCUCCGACUGGAUGUGUCACUCAAAGAUGAACCGAAUAGAUGUCGGAGCCUUGGAACGUCAACUUAUCACCUGCACCAGUGCCAAUACAGUGCGGAUCUUGCUGGUGAAACUAUGCGGCACGGCACCUGCCAAACCUCUGUGGGCCAUCAAUCCCAGCUGGGAUGUGCCGCAGCCCCUGAAAGCAUUAAUUAUGGCCAUGCCAGUUAGCUUCCUGCAGGAUUUCAGCUAUGUGCUGCUGGGAAAAGCACGUGAACUCGCCAUCAGGGGCAACUAUAUCGAUGCGGUGUCUAUGCUGAGUGUGCUAAAGUCGGAAACGCAACGGCAGGAAAUGGCGGCCAAUGUGCAGCUAAUGUGCAAGCUGCUCACCUGGGAAAUCCUGCAUAUUCAGAUUACGCAAUGCCUGGAAGAGUGGCACCAGAAGCCGCUGGAUCUCCAAGCACUCAGCGGUAGGUGCAAGCAAUGCCUGGGGGCCCUGCAGGCGGGAGAUUCAAUAAUCCCACGGCCGGACAUCCUCGAAAGCUGCGCGAUCAUGCUGCUCAACCUCACGGAAUUCCCACCUCUACUUUACCUGGACAAGCGGGCGGGUCCGCUGGAAAUGCCGCUGGCCUUCGCCGCCACCUUCAUCGAGAUGGAAAAGAUGAAGGGACCCAAAAAGGUGUGUCGCGAUUCCUGGGAACUCAUGCUGAGCAUGUUCCUUAAUGUACCCAAACGGGCUUCGUCGGGUAUGGGUGGGAUCAUCCUACAGGCCUUCCUGCAACGCAUCCGUCACCAAAGCGUCUUCGGUCUGGCCAUUUCCAUGCUGGGCAAGAUCCACAACAUCCUCAAGGACGACCCCAAUCACGAUCUGAGUUGCGAGUACAUGCAGCUGUGGCCCACCAGCAUUACCAAUCCGAUCAGCUACAGUUUGAGGAGCGUCUGUGAGAUCCUGCAAUGGCUUCUUUCCGAGGCCCUCGCCUACUAUCCUCAGACUAUAUCCUGGCUGAAGAUGAAGGGCGACCUGGACUUGGCCAUUGGCAACAAUGAAUCCGCCAUGCGCUGCUAUGUGAAUGCCUUGGUCACUGGGACGGAUUACUGCACGAUGCCGCUGCAAAGGAAUGUGGCCGAUGACUAUGUCAUCCGCAAGAUGAUUCGGUGUGCCGCCAAUCUCGGCUGCCACAUGCAGGCCACCGUUCUGUGUCAGUUUCUCGAUGAGAUCGACUACGGCAUUGUAUUCAAGAAUCUCAGUGAGAAGUCCUCGAAUUUUACGGACGCCAUGGAUGCGUAUUAUAGCUGUAUUUGGGACACCACGCUGCUGGAGUUCAUAGUAAACCUGCACGCAAAACGUGGCGAGCAUAGUCGGAAACUGGAAGCGAUCUCCAUGAUGGGCACCCUGGAGUUGAACGCUAAUAACAACGAGGAGAUCAAACGAGAGAGCGCCAUGGUACGGAAAUCACGAUUUCUGCGAGCCCUGGCCAAGCAGUAUUUGCUGUAGUCCCCCCACACAGCCCAGCCCCUUAGGAAUCCAAGCUCUUAAUUCAA